CCUAUGAUUUUUUCUUUAUUACCAACUUAUUUCUGCAAAAAAAAUUUUUGGGUUGAGUUACCCUUUAAGAGAGAAAUAGCUGAGCUACAAGAACAGAUAUCAGUAAUGAGUGUACAUAUACUAAAUAAAAGAGAAGAGAAUGAAGAAUUGAUGCAGGAAAUAAAAGAUUAUAAAAGAGAUACAUUGAAACUGGACCAGGAAAUAUGCAGUGAACAGACACUAGAUAAAAGAGGAGAGGAUCAACAGGUUAUUCAUCAAGAGAUAAAGGAACAGUUGGAUAGACUAAAGAUAAAAGUGGAAUCGCAGCAGACUCACACUCAAGAAGUACUAGCAACAUCAGUCAAUCAUACAAAUCAGCUACAAAUUAUUGAUCUUGCUGAGGUACUUCAAUUACUCAGAAGACAUGGUUACUUAGGAGACAGUUACUAUGAUCUUGGUCUCUUUCUUGGUCUAUCCUUUACUACACUGGAUGUUAUUACAAGAAAUAAUAAAGGAGAUGUUGAGAGUUGUUUACGUGAGUGUCUUACUAAAUGGUUACAGAAAGCUGAUAAGGUACAGGAGACUAAAGGUGGUCCUAGUAUCUAUUCAUUGGUAUCAGCAUUGAGGGGAUUAGGAGAGAAUGGAGUAGCUGAUGGAAUAGAUAUGGAGAAACAUCCUGCUUGUAGAAUCCUUGCUCGUUAUACCUCAAACCAAUCUCUACUGUCUACAUUACCUCAGUUGGUUAUUGUUUUAUAUCAAGCAAGUCUGAUAAAAGAGAUGACCAUCCCUGUAACUAGACAAGGAAAGUAUCUGUUGAUUCAAAUAAAGGAAGCUGUUUGCAAGGAAUACUUCAAACUUGCACCAUUUGCUGAAAUUUUGUGCAAAGUAAAAGUCACUGCUAAAAUAGGAAAUACUAUCAUGAAAGAAUACAAAGCUUAUUGCAGUGGUGACUUCAUUCAAGCAAAUUAUACCAAAGGACUGAAGAUUUAUCUUCCGAUGAACGUUACUUCAGAGUUUAAGACGAUGCGAUUAAAGUUUGGCCAGACAUUCUUCAAAGUGGGAUCAAUCAUGAUGAGCGACCCUCAAUCUCCAUUCAUUGAUAAUAUCAAAUCUGUAUUGCGUACAUACGACAAAACAUUAAGACCUCAAGUGGCUCAGUGUCAAGAUAUUCGUGACAUUUUAGCAUUAGUUGGUCAUAAUAGCCCACUUGAUGAUAUUAGUGUGCUGGAGUAUUUUGUUGAUAAAUUCAAUAUAGAGGAGGCUAAGCCAGUUAUUAAGAAAUAUAAAGAAGAUUUUGAGGAGUUUAAGAAAACAAAACUCAGUUACUGUCUGAAUGAAAUGAUUUCGUAUGCUUCGCCACUUGAGUGUGAAAGGAUUACCAUUAUUGUUGAUAAAGCUGCUCAUGAAUACACACUUAAGGAUGUAAAGGAACUGUCAUCAGCUGUACUUGAGAAUUUAUCACCACAAGUCAAGUUAGCUGUCAUUAGAGAUGGCAAUUAGAACUAAAACCUAGCAACAUGCCAUU